GAGCCUGGGGCGGUUUAGGGACUCAGCCACCAGCCCGCGGGUCGUCUGCCGCUAGCGUCCCUGCUGAUGCGGGGCCUGCGGGCGGAACCCUCGCGACGGGGCGCACAUUUGACCCCGGAAAACCGCCGGGGACGGCCCACGCUGUGGACGCGAUGGCCACCGCGGACGCAGACAGACGCUGGCCCACGCGGAGCCGCUGCUCGCUCCUUGUGGCUCCAGCAGGGACAAGUUGCUUCCUGAAGGAUCCGUGUGUACUGUUCAAAACACAAUCAGAAAAGCAUCCACAGCUAGAUGGCCCACAUCUUCGUGUAUGGCACCCUGAAACGAGGCCAGCCCAACCACAAAGUCAUGCUGGACCAGUCACAUGGCUCAGCAGCCUUCCGAGGCCAGGGCUGCACAGUUGAGUCCUUCCCACUGGUGAUUGCUGGCGAGCACAACAUACCAUGGCUGCUUCACCUGCCAGGCAAGGGCCACUGUGUGGCAGGUGAGAUCUACAAGGUAGAUGAACAGAUGUUGCGUUUCCUGGAUGACUUCGAAGGCUGCCCCAACAUGUACCAGCGCACAGCCCUGCAGGUGCGGGUGCUUGAGUGGGAGGGUGCUAGUGGCCCUGGGGACAGCCUCCAGUGCUUCGUGUACAGUACGGCCACCUACGCACCUGAGUGGAUACAUCUCCCCUACCAUAAAAGCUAUGAUUCCGAGGGCCCACAUGGGCUACGCUACAACCCUCGGGAAAACAGGUGAGGGGCGAAUGCCCCGGAUGCUAACAGGAUGGAAGGAGCCCAGUGGCUGCCUGGCAUAAGCAGAGCUUUCCUGGCUUAACAUCUGUCUAUAAAACAUGUUGACAAAAGGUCUCUUGACACAAAUUUUGCACAUACUCUGAUGUUACUUACUAUUGCUUGCUAUUCAAGGAGCUCCUGAGUCUGCAGGUACUAGAUGAGAAACACUCUGGGCUGAAGUCCCCUAAAUGUCAGUUACAGAGCAUCUGGUACUCCUUUUUUGAUUUGCUUUGCUCUAACCUUAAGUCAGCAUCUUCUGUGACUAAAGACCUGGCUGCAGUUAGAUCUCAGAACCUAAUGUAUUGAUUCCCACACCUUUAAUCCCAGCACUCAGGAGGCAGAGCCAGGUGGAUCUCUGUGAGUUCAAGGCCAGCCUGGUCUACAGAGCGAGAUCCAGGACAGGCACCAAAACUACAGAGAAACGCUGUCUUGAAAAAGGGGAAAGAAAAAUUGGUGGGAAAUGCUGGUUUGGGGAGGCUCAAUGGAAACCACCUUCGAGAAAAGCCUGCUGCACCCAGACUGUGUGCUCCAUCACUCUUCCAGUUUCCAGAUCACAUACAAACUAUUAAAACAGCCAUUAAAACAUAAGUAUACUGUUGCUGUGUGGUCUUUCUGAUGUACUUACUUGGUAGAAGGUGUUUUUCACUCUAAUUCAGCAGAGUCAGGAGCAGUGGCUUGCUGGGAGACAGCUGAGACCUCAGACUUUGUUGUUGAUGGGUGCCCCGCUCUCAGCAGCCCAGCCCAUCUCUGCACCUGAAGGUGCAGCCCUUGGGGGUAGGCCUUUCAGAAGAACCAACACAUUAGUAAUUUGUUCCUUGGGCCUGACAGAAGGCUUUGCUUCCAAAUACAAACAGCACUUAAAAUAAUGUUAGGAAGACACGAAGUACCAAUUACCAUCCACCUCCAUCUGAUAAUCUGUCAGCGUAGAUGCAAGUCGCACAUGAUUCUGCUUCUGCCUCCUAGUAAAGUAGAAAAUGGAUUCCAAGAAUUGCAGCCCCAAAUGCAGCUGCUGGCUGAGCACCCUGGUACUCCACUGAGAGCUCACUCACUCUUCAACAUAAUAGUGGACUGAUCACUAACUGCUACUGGCACAGAAACACAACUUAUUUUUAGCCCCUUUUUCUUAAUUGGAAACUUGCUUCACAAAACAGAAAGGCAAAGAUGGGUAUCAGCUGAUGGGCUGGCUGUCCUGCACACCACAGUGAAGGUGAGGACUCCUGGCCAUAGGGAGAGAGGAAAAGGGACCUGGACAGCAUGCUUGUCAUUGGAUCAAUGAAGGCAGCACCCUGUGCCAGUCUACAGAACCCCAAUGGUGAUCCAUCUCUUUUGUCAUGCCAUGUGACUUCUGUGUGGACCCACACAGAAGGGGGCAUCCAGACCCUUCAUCUCUGCUACCUGCUCUGAGGAAUUUGUGAAUAAUGAGCCCUAGGAAUCUGUCCUGAAUGAUGGAAGAAGGAAGGUAAUCAGAUUAUAAAAUUGGAAGCAGAGCUGGAAUUUAUAUAAAUUUUUAAAGGAUCAUAAGGAAAUGCUAGUAUUUACAGUCAAUUGGCACAGCCUGUCGCCUCUGUGUAUAUUGUCUUCAUUCAGAAAAAAAGGGCAAACUAAUAUUUAGACAAGUGCUUGGUUUUAUUGAUUUAAUUUUGACACUAGGAAAUCUCAGCAGAAGUACAAAUCAUAUGUACAAGUAUUUAUAUCAAUAAAAAUUUCCAUUGGUGA